AUGGGGAUAAGAAAGGCAAUUUUGUCAACCAAAGAUGCUGCUCAUGCACCUUACAACUCCAUCACCUUGCCAAAAACUUUCCAACUUGAUUCCUUCGACUUUGAAGAUGAUCUCCACAACCUUAAUAGAAUUGAGGAUAAGAAUCUAAAAAAUAACGAAGAGAUAACUUUGCAAGAUGAAAUACCAGUGCGAGAAGAUCCUAUACUCAUUAGUGAGGACGUAGAUGAACCGGAAUUUAUGCUUGAUGUUGUCCAUGAUCAUCAUGAUCCCCUAUGGGAUGAUCAUGUAAUGGACCCUGAUGAUGGUUUGGAAGAACUAAUGACCAUGACUGACAACGGAACUGCAAACCUGGAGGUGGAAGAAAUGACAGAAAAUGAAGAACCACCUUCUGUUAUUUCAGCAGAUCAGGUUCAAGAGUUCACUAUUAAUCCACAUGAGAUAUCAUUUGGACAUCAAUCAGCUGAUCAUUUAGUACUUCAAUCAACACCAAAGCUAAUGAGAAAAAGACGAAAGCUACUCAUUGAUGCUGAAACAGAACUUGAAAGUAAUAUGCAACUAGGUACAUUGAAACGUCGGAGAAAGAAUGCUCUUUUGUUUUUUUUGAUGAAUAGAUCGAAACUAAACAAGAAAUGCAGAAAAGAUGGAAUGUCAUUUGAGCCUUUAUUAAAUGGAUUAUGUGAUGAUCUUCGCAACAUCUGUAAGGAAGACAUCGUUUCAACGAAACUCAAGAUGGCUUCCUCACAGGCGGAGGAGGAGCAGGAUCAUGCUGAAUCGAGUGAUGGAUUGUCAAUGGAUGGUUUCACUCCUUCGACAUGUUACAAAGAGGAUACCAUUAUGUCUGACAUUCAUGAGUUUGAUAGUUCUGCUGAGGAUUUGAGUUUUCUGGAUCAAGAAGACAGGACUCCUUUUGGUGAGCAAGGAGGAACAACAGAGUUUGAUACAUUACCUGUCAGAACAAGAACGGUGGCUCGAUUUUUGCAAGAAAAGUCACCCAUCUCAGAAGAUAUCAACCUAAACACAAUACUCCAGGGCAAAAACAAGAAAAUGUGUGUCCGAAUGUUUUAUGAGACUUUGGUGUUAAAUAAUUGUGGACUUGUCAACGUGAGUCAAAACGAACCUUAUGGUGAUAUAACUUUGAAAGUUACUUCCAAAUUGAAGGAACAACUUUCAACCUCAAGUUUUUGA